CUGUUACUACAGUUUCAACAUGCACUACCCUGUGGAAAUCGGGGCUACGCUGGAGUUUCUUCAAAGGUGCAUGUUUAAGAUCAAUCCGGACAAGGCUCUAAAGUUGAGUGUCUCGAAAAAAAGAAGAGCAAUGCAGUCACCCCAAAAGUGCUGACCCUCAUUAACCACAUUUCUGAGUAUGAAUGGAGUGCUUAAUUGGUCCAAGGAGGGAACCACAGUUGGCCUGUUUAAGUCAAAGUUCAAGAUCCCAGAUGUUUUUACAGAGAAUUGCCAACCUCAUUGAUGACCGAGGCUGGACAGAGAAAACUACAAUUACAAUUGAAGGAAUCCCAAAGCAGAUGGGUGGGAACAACUGCGGCAUGUACAUACUGAUGUACACUCUUUACAUGGCUUUGGGGCUACGUUUUUAUUGUACAGAGCGUGACAUGCCCUUAAUCAGGAGGUGGUGGUGUGCUUUUAUUUUGGAUCACUUUACUCAUCAAAUCGCUGAACCAGUGGGUUGGGGGAGUUCACCACCAUACAAAAAGCUAUGUCUUCAGGAAGAGUCAGAAAAAGCAGGGCAUGCUGUUGGGGCAACAAUGUAUCAGCUUCCUGUGGAAAUCCUUACAGAGAUUUUGAAGCAAGUAAUUCUUACAUCUGUUGAUUCUGCAUACUUGACCCUCUCACUGGUGUGCAGAUGGUUUAGGGAUGUGAUCAAGAACGAUUUUUUACGGAGAGGAGCACACUUUGCCUGGCUAGACAGUAAGAUUGUUCCUGUUCCAGACAGUAACAUUCUUUCCGGUUCAAGAUUUUUUCCACUUUUUUCCACUGUGAUACAGGUCAACCUAAACCUUGUCAUAUGUCUUUUUAUUUAUCGUGCCUAUAUUGUCAUUACAAUUUUAGGUGUGGUCAACUGGAAGCAUUUCUCACCGCGGUAUCGUGAAAAGUACCGGGUGAUGUACAGCAUCAGGGAAUGCUUACAAUGCAGAUCCCUUUUCAAGUCCAGCCCACCAGGUUAUAGGGGGAGAGGCAAACAAUGUGAACUGCUGGGCUUUUACUCCGAAGAUCUCUGUGAAGGCUUUUGCUCCCAGGAUUGUUUUUAUGCGGCAGGAAAUACAUUGAUAUAUUGAAUGUAUAACUGUAAAAUGCAGUUAAAACUUAAACUUUGUACACUUCUACAUUUAUUCAUUUCUUAUAACUCGUGCCGAUGUGCAGAAGGGAAAAGAAAACGGCAUCAAUCUGUAAAAUGCUGUUGCAAAAAACGUACUUGGACUCUGUACACUUUUCUACAUUUGUUUAUUUGUUAUGACGUGCUGACUGGAAAAAAUUGCAUAAAUCUAUAAAAUGCAGCUGCCA